GUCGGAUCCAAUCAAUCCUCCGAGAUUCUCAUCCUCAUUGAGAAUGAUCAAGCCGGCUCAAGACGCGAUGUGACCCUAAAGGAGAGGGGCAAGCUAAAGAGUUCCUGGUCUCAGCCGAUGAUUGGCUGCGUCUGGAGAUAAUAGGGCCCUGAUCGACAUAGCCAAGCCCUCCGCCAACGUCCAUUUGCCCGUCAUUUGACCCUGUCAAAUCAACUUGCACCCACCAAUGGACACAAUCAAUUCAUGCCCGGUCUAUCGCUUAGCUCUAGAUCUCCAAACUCCACCCACCAUUCAUCUCAGGAACCAAGUUCUCGUGUCCAGUCGGACUCGAAUGGCGAUCGUCAAGCUUCCGCCGAAUGGGUCUCAAGCAUCGAACGGACUCGUGUCGGUCUUGGCCGGACUUCCCCGUUCUGGAACAAUGCGAUCACCCAAUGACUACGCCUACGGUCCUGAGCGUGGUAGUUAGUUACCCAAGAUAGCUUGUCGCAGUCAAGCCUCUACGCCCAGAGCCCCGUCGCAGCUGCGGCGCCUCCCCCGGCCUCUCUGUCUGCCUGGGAGUCCUUGGCUCUCGUCGCUAUCAGACCCAUCCGCGUGUCGCCAUUUGGAGGCGACACUGGCUCAUACUCUCUUUGGCCUCUCACCCCCUUGGUGUGUCCACCUCUUGGCAGCCUCCGUCUUGCCCUUCUGGCUGGCCGAUGGAGUUCCGUGAUGAUCUCGAAGUUUAUGCCCCGGGUGUCCCUGCAGACGAUGGAUCGGCGGCUCUGGCUUCCUGGAAGAGCAAAAUCUCCUGGCUGUCCCUCUCCGCACCCUGGGAUGUUAGAGUGCGACUCCACUACUGAUACCCUUGAGCCAUGUAUACGCCCCGAGUCUGCCUGACAAUGGCGUCAAUGCCUAUCCGCAAGUCCUAUAAAGCUGCCCUCAUUGCCGGCCGACAGAAGGUCUUUUGUUUUCCAAACCACUCAACUCCAUUCUUUCGAGCCUAGAACCGCUUUUUCUAGAGAUUUUAUUCUUUUCAUUCAUAUUCUCAUUCUUUUUACUCCCAUCUCGUUGUCAUCAAUCAUGGUUGUCUUCAGCAAGCUUACGGUCGUCUUGGCCGGUUUGGCAUCUGUCUCUUCGGCUGUGCCCACAGGCAGCUCGCGCAAGAGCAGUUUCACCAUCAACCAGAAGGCUCGCACCGUUGCCCAGGCCAAGGCUGUGAACUUGCCUGGCCUGUACGCUUCCGCCCUCUCCAAGUAUGGCGCUGUGGUCCCUGCCAGCGUCAAGGCUGCUGCCGAGAGCGGCUCUGCUGUCACCACCCCGGAGGACAAUGACGUGGAGUACUUGACUCCCGUCAACGUUGGCGGUACCACGCUGAACUUGGACUUUGAUACUGGAUCUGCCGAUCUAUGGGUCUUCUCCUCGGAGCUGUCCUCAUCCGAGUCGGCUGGCCACAGCCUCUACAAGCCUAGCAGCAACGCCACCAAGCUCUCCGGCUACAGCUGGUCUAUUCAGUACGGUGACCAGAGCUCUGCUAGCGGUGACGUCUACAAGGACACUGUCGUCGUGGGGGGCGUCUCGGCUUCCGCCCAGGCGGUUGAGGCUGCCUCCAAGAUCAGCCAGCAGUUUGUCAACGACAAGAACAAUGACGGUUUGCUUGGUCUGGCUUUCAGCUCCAUCAACACCGUCAAGCCCAAGUCGCAGACCACCUUCUUCGACACUGUGAAGGGCCAGCUUGAUUCGCCUCUGUUUGCCGUUACCCUGAAGCACAACGCUCCCGGUACCUAUGACUUCGGCUUUGUCGACAAAAACAAGUACACCGGCUCGCUUACCUACGCCCAAGUUGACAGCUCCCAGGGCUUCUGGAGCUUCACCGCCGAUGCCUACAAGAUUGGCUCCAAGUCUGGUGGCUCUAUCACCGGCAUUGCUGACACUGGCACCACCCUCCUGCUACUCGAUGACACCGUUGUCUCCGCCUACUACGCCCAGGUCUCCGGUGCCCAGGAGGACUCCUCCGCUGGUGGCUACACUUUCCCUUGCUCUGCCGAUCUCCCCGACUUCACCGUCACCAUUGGUGGUUACGACGCCGUUGUUUCCGGCACCCUGAUCAACUAUGCUCCCCUCCAGUCGGGCAGCUCCACCUGCUUCGGCGGUAUCCAGAGCAACUCCGGCCUGGGCUUCUCCAUCUUCGGUGACAUCUUCCUCAAGAGCCAGUAUGUCGUUUUCGACUCCAACGGCCCCCGCCUUGGCUUCGCCCCCCAGGCAUAAGCAAAUGGGUUGAUCCCGCAGGGCGACCAUUACACUUCCGUUACUCUCUCUUCGUCGAGAGAUUCAUCUUGAUAUAGUGAGAGAUCUAGAGCGGGAGAGGAAAAAGGGCCCCAUGAUAUUAUGGAGCUGGCUAGCAGGCUAGCUUGAUUUUGGUGGAUGAGUGGAUUGAUAGAUUUCGUUCUUGAUUGAUUACCUUUAGCCUUAAGUCUUGACGCGGCUUGGCUUGUACAUGGUCUCUUGAUUAAUGCGUGCAGCAUAUAAUUCAUACAACGCAUUUUUAUUUA